ACUCCGUACUGUGUAAUUGAACUUAUUAAUAUAGUCAUGCCUUUUAUCUUUGGUGGAGUAUCAUCAAUAUUGUGGCACGGCUGGAGGGACGAGCAUUCAUACUGUGUAUAGGAAGAGUACAACUUGAUCAGAAAUCCACGGCAGUAUCUGGUAAGGAGAUAAUAUAAAUGCAGUCAUGGCUGAGAGCAAAACCAAUAAACCGGUCCAUGAUGCUCCACCAGAUAUUAUUGCAACCGUCAACAGCAAAUGCCUGUGAUGAAGUACAUACCUAUGUAUAGGUAUCAAGGUAUACAUAGGUAGGUACCCAGAAGAGACCGAGACUAAAGCAUCCCUGUCCCAGUCCUCCAAUCCCUGCAACAACGUCACCGCGAACUUUCAAACCUGAUGCCCCGCGCCUCAUACACACAAAAACAUCAACAUCAACCGCAACACACACUAAUAUCACUUGCCUUGUAUAUAUAUAGUCAUGGCCUCAAAUAUUCUCUUCCUCCCCUUUCGGCGGUCCCAUGGCGUAUCCCUUUCCGAAGCAAUCAAGCAGUACAUAUCCUCCAAAUAUGACCAACACCCAGACAUGUUCACCAAGGACCUGGAGACGAUCGAGAAGCUUCGUUCGACGGCCAUUCACGCCCAGGAUCCCCACCCAAGCAACAUCCCGAAGCUACAAGCGUACGCAGCCCAGCUCGUCUGGAUCAGCGGCAAGUUCCCCAUCGACAUCGGCGUCGAGUUCCCCUGGUACCCGGCCAUUGGAUACAAUACGAGCAGACCUGUGGCAAGGAAUAAUGUAAGAUUUGAGUUGGCGAAUAUUCUGUUCAACCUUGCUGCUAUGUAUUCGCAGCUUGCGAUGUCAUCGAAUCGCGGCACCUCGGACGGGUUGAAGGUCGCGGCGAACAAUUUCUGCCUCGCGGCUGGUGUCCUGAAACAUCUUCGCGAUAACGUACUACCGGAAUUGAGGACCUCGCCGCCUGAGGACAUGGAUACUUCGACUUUGGACAGCUUGGAGAAGUUGAUGCUGGCACAGGGGCAAGAAUGCUUUUGGCAGAAGGCUGUGAAAGAUGGGAUGAAGGAUGUUACAAUCGCGCGACUCGCCGCCCGAGUGUCGGAUCUUUACAAUGAGGCUAGUGAGGCUGGGAUAAAAUCAGACGCAAUCAGCAGCGAAUGGAUACACCAUAUGACGGCCAAGCACCACCACUUUGCGGCUGCGGCGCAGUACAGGGCGGCUUGUGAUUGCUUGGAGAAGCGCAAGUACGGAGAGGAGGUGGCAAGAUUAAGGGACAGCAUCACAUGCGUCAACGAAGCAUUGAAAGAGCAACGGUACAUCAACAAAGUGGUGCUGGCUGAUCUGAAUGGACUGAAGAACAAGGUCACCGAAGAUCUGAAGCGUGCCGAGAAGGAUAAUGACAUGAUAUAUCUGCUACCAGUACCACCCAAACCGGAGUUGAAGAUACUAGAUCGAGCGAACAUGGUGGUCUCGAGAGUACCAAAAGAGGUGGCAGAUUCGAACGCGUUGCUAGGCGAGAAUAGUGAGCUUGGGGCUCCUCUGUUUUCGAAGCUUGUGCCCUAUUCCGUCCAUCUUGCUGCCAGCAUCUACGUGGACCGACGCGAUCGCCUGGUCAAUAAUACCAUCAUUGAUGAACUCGAAGCUCUAACGACUCAGAUACAUGAGGUUCUCACGAGUUUGAAUCUUCCAGGAUCAUUACAGGCUCUUGAAAAACCCCUUGGUCUACCACCAGGUCUGGUUGCUCAUGCCGACGAGAUACGGCAACAGGAUGGGCUGAACCGCUUGCAGCGCUCUAUGGAAGACACGAAGAAACUGAAACACAGUGAUCAGGCGAUCUACCAAGAGGGUGUUGGUAUCUUGAAAUCCGAAGCAGCCGAGGAUGAGGCAGCAAGGAGAAAGUAUGGAACAGACCGUUGGAAACGUGCAUCUGCGGAACAGGCGGCACCAAAGCUCUAUGCCCAGAUCAAUGAAAUCGACGGCUACUUCAAAGCAGCUGCGAACAGUGACAACAUAGUCAAGACGAAGCUCAAGGAGAACGAGCGACACAUUCAACUACUGAAUGGGCCUGACCACGACCUUGAAAACUUCGUGCCGAGCGGGAGGCGGCCAGCAAUCACCGGAGUCGUGGAGCGGGAAGCCGGCAAGUUGAGAGGCUGCUUCAAUGAAGUGAGCAGGUUGGAGAGCAGGAGGAGACGGAAGAUUGAGGCCCUUCGCACGAAGGCGAGGCAGGAUGACAUAAAUCCUGAUCUGCUCCGCGAGACCGCUCGCUUAGAGCGGGAGUAUCCCAUGCAAGCGAUUGAGGCUGUACAGUUCGAAUCUCUAUUCGACAAGCGACUGCAGAUGUACGAUGUCGACCAGGAGAUGGUCAGGGACGAAGAGCACGAACAACAGGAAGCCAUCAAGCGGCUGCAGGAUGCAAAUGCAGCGUUUGUGAAUGCUCGCCGGGGCGACCAAUCGACAAAGCAACGCGAGCAGGCUUUGCAGAGCCUCGAAAAUGCUUACUUCAAGUACAAAGAGAUAAUAUCGAACCUCGACGUGGGACGGAAGUUCUACAAUGACCUCGCCAAGAUCGUCAACAGAUUCAGGGACGACUGUCGAAGCUUCGCGUACCAGCGCAAGCAGGAAGCAUCUCAGUAUGAAAGCGAUAUCGCCACUGCAAUGAGCUCUCUCAACCUGCAACAAGCGAAUUCGAGCUCACUGCAGCAGCAACGUGAGGUAGACGCCCAGGACCCACAGUACGGAGCGAAUGCACAUGCAGAGGAGCCAUUGACGGCGCCUACGCCGACACGAGCGAGCGUAGCACCGCCGAACCCAGGAAUGUGGACGCCGGAGGUUGGCAUCCGUUUUGCGGGAGUGCCAACAGCCUCGGGCAACGGUCGACCAGCGAAUGGGCCUCCGCAAGAUGGACGGUGGGAUCCCACGCAGGGCCUGAAGUUUGCAUAGAAGGGCGAUCAGGUGGGAUGUCGGGAGAUCUGGUCAGCAAGGAACGCAUGAGCGUCUUACAAGGCAUGGUAGAUAGAUAUAUUUCUGGCUAGUACAUAGUUAAUCUAGAGAUUGAAUGGAUGACAUUUC